UUUCCACGUCAGUGUGUUUACCAAGAGCAGAUAGACAGCUGCUGGAAGGUGUUCCAUUUAUUCACUUAUGGAGGAUUUUUUUGGAAGAGUGAAUGAAUAAGUGGUGUUUGGAAACAAUACGUUAUCACACCGUGGAAUGUCCGAAAUUUUCCGUUAAUCCUGCUGUCGUAGUGAACUGAACUUUGGUCUUCUUCAUUGAGGGUUGGCCGGCUAGCCUGCUAGCUUGCCGAGCUAGGCUAGCAGUAUCUACAGCAGGACUCCAUCUUUGAAAUAGCAGCUAUAUACAGAAAAGCAGCAUGGUGGACAAAAAAAUCUACAUUGUCCAGGGUGAAGUUAGUACUGUUGUUGGAGCUAUCAAGAGGAAUUCAAGAUGGAACACCCACACUCCACUGGAUGAAGAACAGGACCCAUUACUGAACAGCUUUGGCCACGUCAAGGAAAUACUCAACAACAUAAAAGAGCUGUCAGAUGUUGAACCCAAUGUUUUUCUUAGGCCCUUCCUAGAAGUCGUCCGCUCUGAGGACACCACUGGACCAAUAACAGGCCUUGCCCUUACUUCCGUCAACAAGUUCCUUUCCUUUGGCAUUAUAGAUGCUAACCAUGAAGCAGCAGCAGAAGCCAUUGAGAACAUGGCAGAUGCAGUCACACACGCUAGAUUUGUGGGAACAGACCCUGCCAGCGAUGAAGUGGUCCUCAUGAAAAUUCUACAGGUGCUGAGGACUCUGCUGCUGACACCAGUUGGAUCCCAUCUGACCAACGAGUCUGUUUGUGAGAUUAUGCAGUCCUGCUUCAGGAUCUGCUUCGAGAUGCGCCUAAGCGAGCUCCUCAGGAAAUCAGCCGAACAUACACUGGUUGACAUGGUGCAGCUACUGUUCUCUAGACUACCACAGUUCAAAGAGGAAGCCAAGAGCUAUGUGGGUGCCAACAUGAAGAAGGCUUACAAUAUCUUGUGGAAAAACAAACGAGUGCAGUUGAAGAUGCGCGCCGGUGGGAUGAGUGAGUCAUCCAAAUGGAAAAAGCAGAAACGCUCACCAAGGCCACCACGCCACAUGGUCCGAAGUCCUUCUGGUCAGAUGGAUGCAACUCAGUCCAGCACCCUCAGUAACAACAACCUCACAGGUGGUGUCCCGUUCAUUGAGCAAGGCUCAUCCACCUCUAGCCUACCAGCUUCAGAGAGUGCCAGUUCGUCCAUUUCCAGCCCUACAACCACAGACAGUGGCCUGGACACCUGUUCCAAAGCCACCUCCAGGGAAGAUCUCUCUGACCUGGAGCAAUGUUACUCAUCUGCAGCAACCCUUAGCACUGGUGCCACGCUUCCUGAGACUGAGCCUGGCUCUCCAGAUAUACAGUCUGAGGACAGGCGAGUUGAGCAAGCUCAGUCUGCCUCAGUGGAGUCUAUCCCUGAGGUUCUGGAGGACAAAGAUUCCAUCACAGAGCAGUCAGACAACACCUCUGUCCAUGACAUGGACUAUGUUAACCCUCGAGGAGUACGUUUCACACAGUCCACACAAAGAGACGGAGCUUCCCUCAUCCCUUAUGGCCUGCCAUGUCUAAGGGAGCUUUUUCGCUUCCUGAUCUCACUGACCAACCCCCAUGACCGCCACAACACUGAUGCCAUGAUGCACAUGGGUCUGCAGCUGCUGACUGUAGCACUUGAGUCGGCAAACAUUUCCAACCACCAGUCUUUACUAGGACUGGUCAAGGAUGAGCUCUGCAGACAUCUCCUACAGAUGCUGAGUGUGGACCGUAUGAACCUGUAUGCUUCCUCCAUCCGAGUUUGCUUCUUGCUUUUUGAAAGUAUGAGAGUCCAUCUAAAGUUUCAGCUUGAGAUGUACCUAAAGAAACUGAUGGACAUCAUCACGUCAGAGAACAUUAAGAUGCCCUAUGAGAUGAAGGAGAUGGCUCUGGAGGCACUGGUCCAGUUGUGGAGGAUUCCCAGCUUUGUCACUGAGCUGUAUAUCAACUAUGACUGUGACUUCUACUGCUCUAAUCAGUUUGAGGACCUCACCAAGCUGCUGUCCAAGAAUGCGUUCCCAGUGUCAGGGCAGCUCUACACCACCCACCUCCUGUCACUGGAGGCUCUGCUCACAGUGAUUGACAGCACCGAAGCCCACUGCCAGGCCAAGGUGCUCAACAGUGCUGCUGAACAAGACCAGUCAGAAACACUGCUGGCAGAGGGAGAAGGUUCAGCCAAAAAUGGGACAGACACUACAACUGAUCUAAAUAGACUGGACAGUACAAAUGGUGUGAGUCUUCCACCAGCCGAGAAUGCCCCAGUGUGUCCACCAACCAGUGGACAUUUGAUGGCAGAGAAGAUGAGACUGGGUAGACAAGAUCAAGGAGACAAUGACACUGCUGAGAAGAGAGCCCUUAAAAAACCUCAACGUUUCUCGUCAUGUUUACCUGAUUCCCAAGAGUUAUUAGAAAUUAAAACGAAGAAAAAGCUGCUGAUCACAGGCACAGAGCAGUUUAACCAGAAGCCUAAGAAGGGGAUCCAGUUUCUGCAGGAAAAAGGCCUCCUCAGUAACCCCAUAGACAACAACCAGGUGGCCCAGUGGCUCAGAGAAAACCCCCGCCUGGACAAAAAGAUGAUUGGCGAGUACAUCAGUGAUCGCAAAAACAUGGAGCUCCUGGACAGCUUUGUAAACACAUUCGCCUUCCAGGGGCUUCGUAUUGAUGAGGCCCUGCGGCUCUACCUGGAGGCUUUUAGACUACCUGGAGAGGCUCCUGUCAUCCAAAGACUCCUGGAAACCUUCACAGACAACUGGCAUAAAGUGAACGGCUCUCCUUUCAUGACCAACGAUGCAGGCUUUGCCUUGGCCUAUGCUGUCAUCAUGCUGAACACUGACCAGCACAACCACAAUGUCCGCAAGCAGAAUAUCCCCAUGACUAUAGAGCAAUUCAAGAAAAAUCUGAAAGGAGUGAAUGGAAACAAAGACUUUGACCAGGACAUGUUGGAGGAUAUCUACAACGCUAUAAAGAAUGAAGAGAUUGUGAUGCCAGAUGAGCAGACAGGGUUAGUGAAGGAGAACUAUGUAUGGAGUGUGUUGCUACACCGUGGCGCCACACCUGAGGGCAUUUUCCUCCACCUGCCACCCGGCAGCUACGACCAUGACUUGUUCACCAUGACCUGGGGUCCAACCAUUGCUGCGCUCUCCUACGUCUUUGACAAGAGCCUGGAUGACAACAUCAUUCAGAAAGCCAUCACUGGCUUCAGGAAAUGUGCAAUGAUAGCAGCUCACUAUGGCUUCAGUGAUGUUUUCGACAAUUUGAUCAUCUCCCUCUGCAAGUUCACCACUCUAAGCAGUGAGUCUGUGGAAAACCUUCCUACAGUGUUUGGCAGCAAUAAUAAGGCACAGACAGCAGCCAAGACAGUGUUUGACCUAGCCCAUCGGCACGGCAACAUCCUGAGGGAGGGCUGGAAGAACAUCAUGGACUCCAUGCUACAGCUGUUCAGAGCCGAGCUCCUGCCCAAAGCCAUGGUUGAGGUGGAGGAUUUUGUGGAGCCAAAUGGAAAAAUUUCUCUUCAAAGAGAGGAAACGCCUUCAAAUCGCGGUGAGUCGGCAGUGUUGAGUUUUGUCAACUGGUUGACGUUGAGUGGAGCAGAGCAGUCAGGACUCAGAGGACCAUCCACAGAAAACCAGGAGGCCAAGCAGGCUGCCAUCCUUUGCAUAAAGCAAUGUGACCCAGAAAAGCUCAUCACAGAGAGUAAAUUCCUACAGCUAGAGUCUCUACAGGAGCUAAUGAAGGCUCUGAUAUCAGUCACCCCAGAUGAAGAGACCUAUGAUGAAGAGGAUGCUGCCUUCUGCUUGGAGAUGUUGCUGCGUAUCUUUCUGGAGAACCGAGACCGUGUGUCAUGUGUGUGGCAGACAGUACGAGACCAUCUCUGCCAUCUUUGUGUCCACACCAAUGAGAGCUGCUUCCUGGUGGAGAGGGCUGUUGUGGGACUCCUUCGACUUGCAAUCCGGCUGCUACGACGGGAAGACAUUAGCUCUCAGGUUCUCCACUCCCUGCGUCUCCUGCUGAUGAUGAAAUCUCACGUCUUGUCCCGGGUCAGCAGAGAGGUGGCUUAUGGUCUCCAUGAGCUACUCAAGACUAAUGCAGCCAACAUUCACUGUACAAAUGACUGGUACACACUCUUCUCCUUGCUGGAGUGCAUUGGAGCCGGUGUGAAACCUCCUGCCUCCUUCCAGCUGGCCUCCACCACUACUGACCAUGACACAGGUGCCCAGUCAGAUAGUGAGCUGCCAUCACAUCAUCUGAGUGAAGUGAGUUCAGAGCGUGGCUAUACGUCUGACUCAGGAGUCUACACCGAGCACAGCAAGCCCAGGAUUCUUCGCUCUGCAACAGAUGUCGAUGUAGCAAGCAGUGGAUGGCUUGUGGUCGGGAAAGAUGACCUGGAGACGAGUAAGAGUCCUCCAGUAAGCACUAAAGCUCAGCUGAAUCACCCACUGGUCAAUCAGUACAGUCUGACAUUGGGUCAGGACCUAGGCCAGCACGACACCAAGUCUCUCAUCAAGUGUGUGGAAACGCUCUCGUUCAUUGUCCGGGAUGCCGCCCACGUCACCCCAGACAACUUUGAGCUGUGUGUUAGAGCUAUACGAGUGUUUGUGGAGGCCAGCCUCAAUGGAGGUUACCGCAACCAUGACAAAAAGAAGAGCCAUAAGUACGACUCCUCCAAGUCCCGGAUGAGGAAGAAGGCAGGGGGAAAGGAUAAGGAGGGUGGAGGAAACACAAGGCGAGGAGGCAGCCGGGCAUCCAGCCAGCGUCCGUCACGUUCCCACAGUGAUGAGGAGGAGGACGAGGGUGUACCGGCCAGCUACCACACGGUGUCAUUACAGGUUAGUCAGGAUCUCUUAGACCUGAUGCACACUCUGCACACACGGGCUGCCAGCAUCUACAGCUCCUGGGCAGAGGAGCAGCGCCACCUGGAGGCGGCAGGCAGGAAGAUCGAGGCUGACUCCCAGACUUUAUGGAUGAGCUGCUGGUGCCCACUGCUGCAAGGCAUUGCUUGGCUGUGCUGUGAUGCCAGACGACAGGUUCGUAUGCAGGCCCUCACAUAUCUCCAGAGGGCACUGCUGGUUCAUGAUCUGCAGACACUUGAUGCAAUUGAGUGGGAGUCCUGCUUCAAUAAGGUGCUUUUCCCCUUGCUAACUAAGCUGCUCGACAACAUUAGCCCAGCAGAUGUGGGCGGUAUGGAGGAGACCAGAAUGAGAGCCUGCACACUUCUGUCAAAGGUUUUCCUCCAGCACCUCUCUCCUCUGCUGUCCCUGCCUACCUUUGCUGCCCUCUGGCUCACCAUUCUGGAUUUCAUGGACAAGUACAUGCAUGCAGGAUCCAGUGACUUACUGUUGGAGGCAAUCCCUGAGUCUCUGAAGAACAUGCUGCUGGUGAUGGACACAGCAGGCAUCUUCCACAGCGCUGACUCCAGGACAGGAUAUUCAGACCUAUGGGAAAUAACCUGGGAACGAAUCGUCUGCUUCCUGCCUAACCUCAGGGAGGAGCUCUUCAAACAGACUGUCAUACCAGAUCCAGUACCCAGUCCUCCAGCAGAGCCUGUGCAGCCGACACCCUCAGCAGAACAACCUUCAUCCCCACACGUGUCUCAGCCGCCCUCCCCAGUCCCAGUUAUCCCUGCAGAUACACAGACCCCCAGCAGGCCAGCAUCACCCCAGGAGCCCCACCCAGCCAGUGCUAAUGGAUCAGACCGGUCGUCUCCAGUCCCACCUUCAGUUCCCCCCAUGCCAGUGCCGUUAACAACGUCCUCUGCCCAGGCUCCUUCACCUUUGACCCAGUCCCCCCUAAUCCUGCAACCCCUUGCCUCCCCCUUGCAGGUGGGAGUCCCACCCAUGUCCCUGCCAAUCAUCCUAAAUCCUGCCCUCAUUGAGGCCACGUCCCCUGUACCACUGCUUCCUGGUCCCAGACCUACGAGCCCUUCUGAUGAGGUCAAGUAAGAGAUCUCAAGCUACCAUACACCCCGACUCUUUCAUCUUUCCAGACCACCUCCCCUUUUAACAACUGGAUCCAAUAGACUUCAAUUACAACUACAGUAGUUUGUCACACCUCAGUUUUACCACAUUUCAUUUACAGGAGAAAUGGCCCUAAACAUUGGACAUUGUUUUAAAAAAAACAAAGCAAGAAAAACACCAAUUGCUGGUGCACAUUGCAUUCUUUGUGCUAUUUUUGUGUUGGUAUGUUCUUCUUCCUGUGGACAGAUGACUAAAUGGAGACAAUGGGACAUCACGUCUGGAUAUUCAGAGACAGAAAAUGCAGGAUGAAAGUCAUAUUGGAAAAAAUAUUAAAAGUAAAAAUCUAAUUGAAGUAAAGUGGGUUCGCCAAGGAUCCUCCCAAUGUAGCCUACAACCGUGGCUACAGCUACCACUGAGAAGACUGAGGUCCUGUCUUCGCUAUUUUGGGGGAGAAUUUUGGUGUUUUGGCAACCUGGGAGGGGUCUAUGUUGUACUAUACACGGUGAGCAUUUUAUUGGCUCAUUCCAUUAUUUUUAAACUUAGUGGAUUAUAUGUAUGAUAGACCAAAACAAUAAAAUAAAAACUUUGACUCAGUAUUUCUCCACCACACAUUUAUUCUUGGGAGUGUAAGGAGGACUUUAAAGGAAAAGGCAGGUCUUAACUGUCUCAUAUAAAGACCCAAAGCUAACAAUG